UCACUACCAUCACCACUGACAGCUAAACAAAAACAAAAACAAAAACUAUAUCUUUGUAUGUAUGGGGAAUGAGCAAGCUUUAAGCAUCAUCCGACUACAUACUCUCACCCAACUUUCCAGCUACUUCCAUUAAUCUAUAUUCCUAAUCCCUUACUAACUUUAGCCAUUUCAUCUCAACUUACUUCCUCCAGUUAUUUAUAUUAUAUAUUUUUCUUAGAUCUGGAAUUACUUCAAAACUUCAUUUCAGUUAGCUCUCAUUUUGCAGGCCACAUAGAACAUGUCAUCUAAUGGUCAUUGUUUUAGAAGAAAGCCACGCCAACCAGUUGCUGCGAAUUUGAAUAUUGACUCAUUGCUUGAUGAAAAUCUAGAGCAAUGGCCUCAUUUAAAUGAACUUGUUCAGUGCUACAAAACUGACUGGAUAAAGGAUGAUAACAAGUAUGGGCACUAUGAAAGUGUUGGUAGUAUAUCCUUUCAGAACCAGAUAUUUGAAGGGCCCGAUACUGAUAUUGAAACAGAAAUGCAUCUCGCCAAUGCUAGGCAAGAUAAGAUUGAAGACAACACUGAUGAUGAUGUACCCAGCACCUCUGGUCGACAACUUUCGGAGCAUUACGGUGAAUCCCCCUUGCCUGCUUAUGAACCUGUAUUUGACUGGGAAAAUGAGAGGUCAAUGAUAUUUGGACAAAGAAUUCCAGAAUCUAAUAUGCCACAGUCUAUGAGUGGAUUGAAGAUUUCUGUAAAAGUCCUUUCUCUUUCAUUUCAAGCUGGAUUGGUAGAACCGUUUUAUGGUACUAUAUCAUUGUAUAAUAAAGAGAGAAGAGAAAAGCUCUCGGAGGACUUCAUGUUUCGUGUUCUUCCAUCUGAAAUGCAGGAUGCUAGCACUUCUUCUGAAUCCCGUGGAGUUUUUUAUCUAGAUGCCCCGUCAUCAUCAGUCUGCCUGCUUAUACAGUUAGAGAAAUGUGCUACUGAAGAAGGCGGAGUGACUCCAUCCGUUUAUUCACGUAAAGAACCUGUCCAUCUCACCGAGAGAGAAAAGCAAAAACUACAAGUUUGGUCUCGGAUGAUGCCUUACAGAGAAUCAUUUUCAUGGGCAAUUAUUCCAUUAUUUGAUAGCAACCUUGGUCCAGCUUCUGGUGGAUCUGCUUCCCCCAGCAGUCCGCUGGCUCAUAGUUUAUCAGGAGCAAGUUUGCAGGAAGGUGUUUCUGAGCCUAUUGCAAAGGUCACCUUAGAUAGUCAGUUGGGAUAUUCAAGUGGAAAUUCUGUUGUGGUGGAAGUAUCGAACCUAAAUAAAGUUAAAGAGAGCUACACCGAGGAUUCUCUCCAGGAUCCCAAACGGAAGGUCCACAAACCCGUGAAAGGUGUCUUGCGUUUGGAAAUAGAAAAGCUUCAAGCUCCUAACUCCGAAUAUGACAAUGUUUCUGAUAAUGCCAGUACAACCAAUGAAUUGGACCAUGGGGACCGGCUAACUGAUUCCACUGUUAGUGAGUGGCGCAACAUUCAUUCAAGUAGACAUAAAGAACAACCAUUGAAUGGAUCUAUUGCAACAGGACAUGCAGAUUUGACUAAUAAUGAUGUUCAUGCUUUUGACUUCCGUACAACAAUAAGAAACGAGCCUUUCUUACAGCUUUUUCAUUGUCUAUAUGUCUAUCCAUUGACUGUUCAUUUGAGUAGGAAAAGAAAUUUGUUUAUACGAAUUGAGCUCAGAAAGGAUGAUGCUGAUGUUCGAAAGCAGUCACUUGAGGCAAUAUAUUCAAGGGAGCCAGGAGGGUCCCUACAAAAAUGGGUUCACACUCAAGUAGCUCCUGGAAGUAGGGUGGCUAGCUAUCAUGAUGAGAUCAAAGUUUCACUUCCUUCUAUGUGGACACCACAACAUCAUCUUUUGUUCACAUUUUUCCAUGUUGACCUUCAGACAAAGUUGGAGGCUCCAAAACCAGUAAUAAUCGGAUACGCGGCUCUUCCAUUAUCAACACACGCCCAGUUAAGAUCCGACAUCAAUCUACCAAUCAUGAAAGAGCUGGUUCCACACUAUCUUCAAGAUAGUGGCAAGGAGAGGCUGGAUUAUUUGGAAGACGGGAAAAGUGUGUUUCGUCUACGGUUACGGCUUUGCUCAUCUUUAUAUCCUAUUAGUGAGCGGAUCAGAGAUUUUUUCCUUGAAUAUGACAGGCACACUCUCCGCACAAGCCCACCUUGGGGUUCUGAACUCCUUGAGGCAAUCAACAGUUUAAAAAAUGUUGAUUCGACAGCUUUGCUGCAGUUUCUUCACCCAAUAUUGAAUAUGCUUCUCCAUCUUAUUGGGAAUGGUGGAGAAACUCUACAGGUUGCUGCUUUCAGAGCCAUGGUUAAUAUUUUGACAAGAGUACAACAAGAGUCGGUGGAUGAAGCUGAAAGAAAUAUAUUUUUGGUCAAUUAUGUGGAUUAUGCUUUUGAUGAUUUUGGUGGCCGGCAAACUCCAGUAUAUCCUGGUUUGUCAACUGUGUGGGGAAGUCUGGCCCGUAGCAAGGCCAAAGGCUACCGGGUUGGACCGGUAUACGAUGAUGUACUGUCGAUGGCUUGGUUCUUCCUUGAAUUGAUUGUGAAGUCCAUGGCACUAGAGCAGACUCGACUGCUAUAUCAUAAUUUGCCUCUAGGUGAAGAUAUUCCACCGAUGCAGUUAAAAGAAGGUGUAUUUAGGUGUAUCAUGCAAUUGUAUGAUUGCCUUUUGACGGAGGUGCAUGAGCGUUGUAAAAGGGGGUUAAGUUUAGCGAAACGUUUAAACAGCAGUCUGGCUUUCUUUUGUUAUGAUCUUUUGUCAACCAUCGAGCCGCGCCAAGUUUUUGAACUGGUGUCAUUGUACCUAGAUAAGUUUUCUGGGGUAUGUCAAUCAGUGUUACAUGAUUGCAAGCUUACCUUUCUGCAAAUCAUCUGUGACCACGAUCUAUUUGUUGAGAUGCCAGGGCGGGAUCCGUCUGAUAGGAACUACCUAUCAUCUGUUUUAAUUCAAGAACUUUUUCUCACAUGGGACCACGAUGAUUUGUCUCAACGGGCAAAAGCGGCUAGGAUUUUGGUAGUCCUCUUAUGCAAGCAUGAUUUUGAUUCUCGCUACCAAAAGCCGGAGGAUAAGUUAUAUAUUGCUCAAUUGUAUUUUCCACUAGUGGGACAGAUGCUGGAUGAAAUGCCUGUAUUUUAUAACCUGAAUGCUGUUGAAAAACGUGAAGUGUUGAUUGUAGUUCUACAAAUAUUACGUAAUCUGGAUGAUGCAUCACUUGUGAAGGCUUGGCAGCAGAAUAUUGCUCGAACAAGACUUUUUUUUAAACUACUGGAGGAUUGCCUUAUUCUUUUUGAACACAAAAAAAGUGUUGAUAGCAUGCUUAUAGGCGGCAGUUCUCGGAGCCCAGUAGCUGAUUCACCUAUGUCUGCAAAGUACUCUGAUAGGCUUUCUCCUGCCAUUAAUCAGUAUCUAUCUGAGGCAUCUCGUCAAGAAAUUCGGCCACAAGGUGCAUCUGAGAAUGGAUAUCUAUGGCAAAGAGUGAACUCCCAAUUGAGCUCUCCGAGCCAGCCGUUUUCCUUAAGGGAAGCUCUUGCUCAGGCACAGUCUUCCAGAAUUGGCGCUUCAAGCCAAGCACUGAGGGAAUCACUGCAUCCAGUUUUGAGGCAAAAACUUGAACUUUGGGAAGAAAACCUAAGUGCUGCUAUCAGUCUCCAAAUUUUGGAAAUUACAGAAAAAUUCUCUAAGGCUGCUGCAUCACAUAGUAUUGCAACUGAUUAUGGAAAGUUGGAUUGCAUUACAUCCAUAUUUACCAGUAUCUUCUCACGCAGUCAAUCACUUGCCUUCUGGAAAUCGCUAUUUCCAGUAUUCAAUAGUGUAUUUCAGCUUCACGGAUCAACACUAAUGGCAAGGGAAAACGACCGUUUCUUAAAACAAAUUGCUUUUCAUCUUCUUAGACUUGCUGUUUUCCGUAAUGAAAAUGUCAGAAAAAGGGCUGUCAUUGGUUUGCAAAUCCUUGUCAGGAGUUCUUUCUCCCACUUUACACAAACGGCAAGGCUAAGGGCCAUGCUUACAAUUACAUUGUCAGAACUGAUGUCUGAUGUUCAAGUGACUCAAAUGAAGUCUGAUGGAACACUUGAAGAAAGUGGUGAAGCACGUCGUCUUAGAAAAUCAUUAGAAGAAAUGGCAGAUGAAAGCAAGAGUGAUGGUUUACUAAAGGAAUGUGGGCUUCCAGAUGCAUCGCUUGUUAACGCACUCGAAGGGUCCGCAGAAAGUCGGUGGUCAUGGUCAGAAGUGAAGUUUCUAUCUAAUAGUCUCCUUUUGGCUCUUGAUGCUAGCUUGGAACAUGCACUUUUGGGAUCACUUGUGAACACAGAUAGAUAUGCAGCUGCCGAAAGUUUUUAUAAACUUGCAAUGGCAUUUGCUCCGGUGCCAGAUCUCCAUAUAAUGUGGUUAUUACAUCUAUGUGAUGCUCAUCAGGAGAUGCAAUCAUGGGCUGAAGCGGCACAGUGUGCUGUUGCAGUUGCUGGCGUUGUAAUGCAGGCUCUUGUUAGCAGAAAUGAUGGAGUCUGGAGCAAUAAUCACGUGACUGCCUUACGCAAAAUAUGUCCGAUGGUUAGCACUGAGAUCACAUCUGAGACCUCUGCGGCAGAAGUUGAAGGAUAUGGUGCUUCAAAACUAACUGUUGAUUCUGCUGUAAAGUACUUGCAGCUAGCAAAUAAACUUUUCUCUCAAGCUGAACUAUAUCAUUUUUGUGGAAGCAUUUUAGAACUCGUAAUUCCAGUUUAUAAGAGCAGAAGAUCUUAUGGACAACUAGCCAAAUGCCACAGUAUGCUAACAAAUAUUUAUGAAUCAAUCCUAGAACAAGAAUCUAGUCCAAUACCAUUUACAGAUGCAACAUAUUAUCGAGUUGGAUUUUAUGGUGAAAAGUUCGGGAAACUUGAUAAAAAAGAAUAUGUGUACCGAGAGCCCCGUGACGUAAGAUUAGGUGACAUAAUGGAAAAACUUAGUCAUAUAUAUGAGUUGAGAAUGGACGGUAAUCAUACAUUACACAUAAUUCCUGAUUCCAGACAAGUAAAAGCUGAUGAGCUGCAGCCCGGUGUAUGCUAUUUGCAAAUCACAGCUGUAGAUCCGGUGAUGGAAGAUGAGGAUCUUGGAAGCAGGAGGGAGAGGAUUUUUUCUCUUUCUACUGGAUCAGUUCGUGCACGUGUGUUUGAUCGGUUCUUGUUUGAUACUCCUUUUACCAAAAAUGGUAAGACGCAAGGUGGGCUGGAAGACCAAUGGAAACGACGGACUGUGGUUCAAACUGAAGGCUCAUUUCCGGCUUUAGUUAACAGGCUUUUGGUUAAUAAAUCUGAGUCGCUUGAGUUUUCUCCUGUCGAGAAUGCUAUUGGUAUGAUUGAAACUAGAACAGCUGCAUUAAGGAAUGAACUUGAGGAGCCACGUAGCUCUGACGGUGAUCAGCUUCCACGACUCCAGAGUUUGCAGAGGAUACUUCAAGGAUCCGUUGCAGUUCAAGUGAACAGUGGAGUACUGAGUGUCUGCACAGCUUUCUUAUCGGGUGAACCAGCGACAAGACUUCGAUCACAAGAAUUGCAGCAACUCAUUGCUGCUCUUCUUGAAUUCAUGGCUGUGUGCAAGCGUGCUAUACGCGUACAUUUUAGACUCAUUGGUGAUGAAGACCAGGAUUUCCACACACAAUUGGUCAAUGGGUUUCAGUCACUCACAGCUGAGUUGUCCCAUUACAUCCCAGCAAUUCUUUCUGAGCUUUAAUUGUAUCAUGGUGUCAAUGUUUCUGCUUUGAUCAGCAGCUGUUUGAUGGUUUGCUUGUUUACAUUUCUGCCAUUUUCCAUGUAUCAAGGUUUUGAUAAAUCAUAAUGUUUGUAGGGUUUUUUGGAUAUUAUUAAAUAGAAUAUUUUAUCAUUUGUAUAAUUUCCCCCCUAGCAAAUCCCCAUAGUUGGCUUGCCUCGUCUGUGAGUAAUCAGGUCCUCAAUUAGUCAUUGGUUUUUUCAGGGUUUAGAUAAGCAUACCAAGUGAUACAACCAUACAGGGGCAAUAACUUCGAUACUUAAUGAUUUGUAAUUGUUUUGACUUCAUAUUUAGGGUUGUUUUAA